UGUGCUUUAAUAAUUACACUUCGUGUGGAAUUCGUUUCCUCUUAUUCUCGUAUCUAACUGAGGGAAGAAAACUGAGAAUCUCACAUACAUUCCCACGCCCUGAUUCAUCUGAGAAGAGAAGAGAACGCCAACAGAAAUCCCGUUCUUCACCUUGCGCCGCCUCAGAACCAGUCGUCGUUCACCUCUUCCCACUCACCGUCUGCUGCGCAGGCUAGUUGUUCGAUUUCAGUAACACCGGAACCUGUGAACAUCGAACAAGUUUGGUGAUUGCAUAUUUACUGUUUAUCCACAAACUGAAACCCUAACCCUUGGAGAAGCCCUAUCUAGUUCUUUCAAUCCUCCACCGGUCUGAAAAUAUGGGUGACCGACAAGUAGUUGACACAGUUGAUCAACAGCUGCCAUCUUCUCCUCCUCUUCCACCUCCUCCUCCUCCCUCAAAGGAUGAUAUGAUUUCAUGUGUUAUGGCUUUGGAGGCUGCUCUGCUUCCCUGUUUGCCAGCCAAAGAGCUUCAAGCCAUAGACCGUUCCCCCCAUCCUUCUCAUCAAAUCGACGUGGAUCGCCAUGCUAGAGAUUUUAUGGAGGCCGCCAAGAAACUUCAACUUUAUUUUAUUAGUCUGCAGCGAGAGGAUAAGCCAUCAAAAGCUGAAAUGCUCAAAAAGGAGAUUGCUCUUAUGGAAGAUGAGCUUAACGAAAAAAACGAGCUGAUUAAAAAACAAGAACAUUUGAUCCAGGAGUGGAAGAAAGAGUUGACAGAUCAGUUGGACAAACAUAAUACUGAGUUGAACAGAGUUUAGUUUAAGAUUUUAUUCUUAGCUUCUUUAAAUAUUUAAAAAAUUAAUGGCCCUUUUUUAACUCAAUAUCAGUCUGUGAAAUAUGAUGUCUUCUAUGGGUAACCAGGCAAGUCAUACUAAUUAGCUGAGAAUGAAAUUACUUUAGAAAUCUGUUUGGUGAAUUUUGACGAUAACAAUCAAAUGAUACAAAAUGGAUGAUGAGAAAAGCGGAAGAAUGUCGCCAUCCUUGUUAAAUAGGAAGCCAAAUUGCUACAAGAAAAACAGGAAUUGCAUACUGAGAAUGCUCAUUGUGUUUACCACAUUGUAGUGUUCUCUGCAAACAAGCUCUCUUGUUCUUCAUUGCAGCAUUGAAUUGCAUCUUCUCUGUGCAUGCACAUGUAUCAUAUCCUAACUUUUUCCUGCAGAACUUGUUACUGUGGGCUGUUUAAUGCUAGUAAAAUAUUGGCCUUUCUAUUUUCA